AUGGCUGGACGUCUGACGGGAGGCCCUCCUGGAGGUCCUUCCAAUAAUGACCUGCUUCUAGAUCUCGACAACGACCAACCCGUCUACAACGGUGGACAGCGAUCCGCCGUAACCGACGACGACCUGUCGCGCUACGACCAAGGGCGUCCCUCCGUCUCUUAUGACGAUUUCGUUGGCGGCGGCGGCGGUGGUGGAAGAGGAGCAGGAGGCGGCAACCACCCUCAGCAAUCUUCAGCACCGAGGCCGCUACCUGGAGGUCCCACGUCGCCCGGCGGCAAUUCAUCCUCCGGCCCCUACAUGCAGAGACACUACAGCCAAACAUCAGAACUGAACAAUUACCAACGGUACGCCGACGACUUCGACGACUACUCGGCCGAGGGCGAAUCAUAUUACCAGCAGGGAGGUGCUGCGGGAAGCGCCAACAAUGUGAGAGACUCGUCAGGAAGGGAAAAUGCCCGGAACCGUAAUAGCGUUCUCAGCCUGGGCGGGGGCUUCUUUGGCCGCAUGAAGAACAAAAUGGGCAUGGGCGAAGGGUAUUCGGAGAUGGACUUGCCCUUGACGGAGGCGGGCGGCAACGGAUGCGCAGACCCGGGCGUCGGCGCGCAUGCGAAACAGAGCAGGAAGAUGGACAUGGGCAACUUCAAAUUUGGCUUCGGUCGAAGCAAGCCGGACCCCUCGACUCUAGGCCCGCGAAUAAUCCACCUGAACAACCCGCCGGCGAACGCGGCGAACAAGUACGUCGAUAACCACGUCUCGACGGCCAAGUACAACGUUGCAACCUUCCUCCCGAAAUUUCUCUUUGAGCAGUUUUCAAAGUUUGCCAAUGUCUUUUUCUUAUUCACGGCGGCGCUGCAACAAAUCCCCAACCUCUCGCCUACCAACAGAUACACCACGAUUAUCCCGCUCUUCAUUGUGAUGCUGGUCUCCGCAGGAAAGGAGCUGGUGGAGGACUACCGCAGAAAGCAGGCCGACCACCAGCUGAAUACGUCCAAGGCCCGCGUCCUGCGCGGCACCACAUUCCAGGAGACGAAAUGGAUCAACGUCUCCGUCGGAGACAUCGUCCGCGUCGAAUCCGAGGAGCCCUUCCCGGCCGACCUGGUGCUCCUCGCGAGUUCCGAGCCCGAAGGCCUGUGCUACAUCGAAACAGCCAACCUCGACGGAGAGACCAAUUUGAAGAUCAAGCAGGCCUUGCCAGAGACCUGCACGAUGGUCAGCUCCAGCGACAUAAGCAGGCUCGGCGGCAGAAUCAAGUCCGAACAGCCCAACAGCAGUCUCUACACGUACGAGGCCACCUUGACGAUGCAGGCAGGAGGGGGCGAGAAGGAAGUGGCCUUGAACCCCGAGCAGCUCCUGCUUCGUGGUGCUACCCUGCGCAACACUCCGUGGAUCCACGGUGCGGUCGUCUUCACCGGACACGAGACAAAGCUCAUGCGAAACGCCACUGCCACGCCCAUCAAGCGCACAAAGGUCGAAAAGAAGCUGAACGUCCUGGUUCUGGUCCUCGUCGGCAUCCUCCUUGUCCUGAGCGUCAUCUGUACGGUAGGUGAUCUUGUUCAGCGCAAGGUUGAGGGUGACGCCAUUUCGUACCUGCUACUCGACUCGACCGGUUCUGCCAACAACAUCAUCAGGACCUUCUUCAAAGACAUGGUCACGUACUGGGUUCUCUUCUCGUCGCUUGUGCCCAUCUCGCUCUUCGUCACCCUGGAAAUGGUCAAGUACUGGCACGGCAUUCUCAUCAACGACGAUCUCGACAUCUACUAUGACCGGACGGAUACCCCGGCCAACUGCAGAACGUCCAGUUUGGUGGAGGAGCUCGGUAUGGUCGAAUAUGUCUUUUCCGACAAGACUGGCACCUUGACCUGCAACAUGAUGGAGUUCAAGCAGGCCUCGAUCGGCGGCAUCCAGUAUGCCGAGGACGUGCCGGAGGACCUCAGGGCGACCAUCCAGGACGGCGUAGAGGUUGGAAUUCACGACUACAAGCGACUGGCCGAGAACCUCAAGAGCCACGAGACGGCUCCCGUAAUCGACCACUUCCUGGCCCUGCUGGCUACCUGCCACACCGUCAUUCCCGAGAGAAGCGAUGAGAAGGGCGGCAAGAUCAAGUACCAAGCUGCCUCGCCCGAUGAAGGUGCCCUUGUCGAGGGCGCCGCCCAGCUCGGCUACGUCUUCACCGAUCGCAAACCGAGGUCCGUGUUCAUCGAGGCAGGAGGACGCGAGCUCGAGUACGAGCUCCUGGCCGUAUGUGAAUUCAACUCUACCAGGAAGCGUAUGUCGACCAUCUACCGAUGCCCCGAUGGUAAAGUCCGCGUCUACUGCAAGGGUGCCGAUACUGUCAUCCUUGAGCGCCUGAACGACCAGAACCCGCACGUCGAAGCCACCCUGCGCCACCUGGAAGAGUACGCCUCCGAGGGGCUCCGCACGCUCUGCCUCGCGAUGCGCGAAGUUCCCGAACAAGAGUUUCAGGAAUGGUUCCAGAUCUUCGAAAAGGCCAGCACCACCGUUGGCGGCACCCGUGGAGAGGAGCUGGACAAGGCCGCCGAGAUCAUUGAGCGCGACUUCUACCUUCUCGGAGCGACCGCCAUCGAGGACCGUCUCCAGGACGGUGUUCCAGAGACCAUACAUACUCUCCAGCAGGCAAGCAUCAAGGUGUGGGUGUUGACGGGUGAUCGCCAAGAGACCGCCAUCAACAUCGGCAUGAGCUGCAAGCUGCUGAGCGAAGAUAUGAUGCUUCUGAUUGUCAACGAGGAGAGCGCGGAAGCGACGCGCGACAACAUCCAGAAGAAACUCGACGCCAUACGGACUCAAGGCGACGGCACGAUCGAAACGGAAACCCUGGCUCUCAUCAUCGAUGGCAAGUCCCUGACCUACGCCUUGGAAAAGGACCUCGAAAAGCAGUUCCUCGACCUGGCCAUCAUGUGCAAGGCCGUCAUCUGCUGCCGUGUCUCCCCCCUGCAGAAGGCUCUCGUCGUCAAGCUGGUCAAGAAGUACCAGAAGGAGUCCAUUUUGCUCGCCAUCGGUGACGGCGCGAACGACGUCUCCAUGAUUCAGGCCGCCCACAUCGGUGUCGGCAUCAGCGGCAUGGAGGGUCUUCAGGCCGCCCGAAGCGCCGACGUCUCCAUCGGCCAGUUCCGGUAUCUCAGGAAGCUGCUAUUGGUGCACGGCGCUUGGAGCUACCAGCGCGUUGCCAAGACCAUUCUCUUCUCCUUCUACAAGAACAUCACGUUGUACAUGACGCAGUUCUGGUACACCUUCCAAAACGUCUUCUCUGGGGCGGUCAUUUACGAGUCAUGGACGCUGUCCUUCUACAACGUCUUUUACACCGUUUUGCCUCCCCUCGCCCUGGGCAUCCUCGACCAGUUCAUCUCGGCAAGGCUUCUCGACCGCUACCCGCAGCUGUACACCAUGGGCCAGCAGAAUCAGUUCUUCAAGCUCAAGAUUUUCGCCGAGUGGGUUGCCAACGCCGUCUACCACUCCAUCAUCCUCUACGUCUUCUCGGAGCUCAUCUGGCACGGCGACCUGAUCCUGGGCGACGGGGAAAUCGCCGGCCACUGGGUUUGGGGCACGGCGCUCUACGCUGCUGUCCUUCUCACCGUCCUUGGCAAGGCGGCCCUGAUCACGAACAACUGGACCAAGUACCACGUCAUCGCCAUUCCCGGCAGUAUGCUCUUCUGGUGGGGCUUCAUCGCCCUUUACGGUACCGUCGCGCCCAUGAUUCCCUUCUCGGCCGAGUACCACGGUGUUAUCCCCAAAUUGUACAGCAGCCCCGUUUUCUGGUUGCAGACGAUCUCGCUGGCGGUCAUGUGUCUCCUGCGAGACAUUGCAUGGAAGUUCGCCAAACGCAUGUACAUGCCGCAGACGUACCACCACAUUCAGGAGAUCCAGAAGUACAACAUUCAAGAUUACAGACCAAGAAUGGAGCAAUUCCAAAAGGCGAUUCGCAAGGUGCGCCAAGUCCAGCGCAUGCGCAAGCAGCGCGGCUACGCGUUCUCCCAGGCAGACGAGAGCCAGACAAGGGUGCUUCAGGCAUACGACACUACCCAACACCGUGGGCGGUACGGCGAGAUGGCCAGCUCGAGACCUCUAAGCAGAUAG